UGACCUGACAAGCCCCAUGGAACAUUUCUCAUCUUCCUCCCACCAAAGAACAUUUCUCAUCUUCCUCCCACCAAUCUCCCUCCCUCUUCCCGCCCCCUGUUGCUCUACUACAUCUUGACGGUGAAACAGAAGGAAGAGAAGUGUGUUGAAGCUCAGCGCGCAGACGUGUUGCGCACACCACCUGACGGUAACUUCAAGGCGGUGGGCAGCGGGACAAGCGGACUUUAGGAGUGUGGACAAAAAAAAUCACCACAAUGGACUACCGCAUGAUGGAGAAGUUGGAGCCAUGCCCUUACAACAACAGCCAUCAGAUUCUCCCUCACCGCAUGGCAAAGCACAUCAUUAAGUGCAAAAAGAACUACCCCAAUGCUGAUAUGAAAGUUUGCCUCUUCAAUGCAGUGCAUGUGGUGCCAACCCAUCAGUACCAAGCACACCUGCUAGAGUGUGAGAACAGAGAGUUGGUGGAGCGAGAACUGUAUUCCAGUCCAAGAAUGGCAAGCAGUGCCCCAUUGGUGAAGAUUGAGUCUGUUCCAGUGGAGAAUGUAACAGCCAGGUGUGAGGACUGGGAGUCGGACCUUGUGCAGUCAUCAUACUCACCUGAAGAGCACAGCAUUUACAAAGAAUUCAUUAGGAGGACACCAGCUGGAUUGAGCAAGGGUGCCCGUAAGGUGUGGAGACUAAAGGAAAUUGAACGAGUUAAUCGCCUUCAGAAUGGAUUGAUGGUUGGUGACUCUCAGAGUGACACGAACACUUCUAUGCCAGACAUGACCUAUGCAUCUCCAAGUGGUGGCUGGGCUGCAAGUGGUGCCAUUUCCAAGUUACAAGAUAAAUUCAAGUUUGAUGUAUCAAAGCCUGAAUCAAUCAUGGUAAAUCGCCAAAUGCAUCAGAAAGAUAUGCAUCCAGAUACAGCAACAGCCUUUACUUCCCUGAAAGAGCCAAACUAUAAUGACAAGAGUGAGAAACCAAAAAACAGGCCUGAGAUGACAGACUUCAUUAAGGAGAAGCGAAAACUAGAGAAGAAGCUCUUUGAAAUAAAAAAGCUGGAAAAUAUGAAGGCAGACUUGAAUGAGAAGCUAACAGUCCAAGAGGAGUCAAAGAUUCUCUUGAAAAAAAACAUUGAGGAAAAACUUUCAAAUCUCAUGGCAGGCAUGAAUAUGUAAUGUUCAUGACUGUUGUGAUUUUAUUAAUUAAGGAAUGCUACAUUUUCACAGUUCAAAAAUGUUCAUUUAACCUUAAGACAAAGUUGAUAUAAAACUUCGCUCUCUGCCUCAUCUCUCCUUCCAGCAGGACAGCAGAUUGUUGCAUGCUUAAACUUCUUGCCAUUUCUCCACUUUCCAUCCAAAA